UCCGCGUGCCGUCCGCACUGAGGUCCGCCGCGAUCGGAUCGGAGCGCGAGAGAGGCUGCGGACCGCCGAGCAGCGUCGCGAGCCCCGGCAGCCCCGCGUGUCACUUUCUUACGCACACUUCAUUAACUUUUAUUUUUCCUUCCGCACCAUUGCGCAAAGUGAGUAAUUUAGCAUAUACGCCGGCGCUUAAAUCCACAAAACAAGAUGCGACAAUGACGUGUACAUGGAAGAAGUGGCGAGGCGCGCGCUGACGGUCGGUGGGAGCUGCUGGCCGAACUGCAGUCACUGUGGAUUACUGAGCGGCGACCGAGGCGCGUGCGCGUGUGCGUGUGCGUGGACGACCUUUGGCUUCCUUUCGCUGCGGGAGCUCUGAGGAGUUACGGUGUCCGUCGGGGGCCUCGUUCCCAAAGCCGAGCGCAGGAUCAUGGGGAGCAAAGCUCUGCCCGCUCCCAUCCCCCUGCACCCGUCCCUGCAGUUGACCAACUACUCCUUCCUCCAGGCGGUCAACACCUUCCCGGCGGCCGUGGACCACCUGCAGGGCCUGUACGGCCUGAGCGCGGUGCAGACCAUGCACAUGAACCACUGGACUCUGGGCUACCCGCACAUGCAAGGACUGAGGUCGACCAUCACGGAAAUGGCAGCCGCCCAAGGCUUGGUGGACCCACGCUUUCCCUUCCCGGCGCUACCCUUCGCCGCCCACCUCUUCCACCCCAAGCAAGGCGCCAUGGCGCACGUCCUGCCGUCCCUGCACAAGGACAGGCCGCGCUUCGACUUCGCCAACCUCGCCAUCGCGGCCACCCAGGAAGACCCGCCCAAGUCGGGCGACCUCUCCAAGCUGACGGCCGGCCUCGGCAGCACCAUUUCGGAGCUGAACAAACUGUCCCCGGACCGCAAACCCACGAGAGGACGGCUCCCGUCCAAGACGAAAAAGGAGUUUAUCUGCAAGUUUUGCGGGAGGCAUUUUACCAAGUCCUACAACCUGCUCAUCCACGAAAGAACCCACACCGACGAACGGCCCUACACCUGUGACAUCUGCCACAAGGCCUUCCGAAGGCAGGAUCACCUGAGAGACCACAGAUACAUCCAUUCCAAAGAAAAGCCGUUCAAAUGCCAAGAAUGUGGGAAGGGAUUUUGCCAAUCUCGAACUUUAGCUGUUCACAAAACGUUGCAUAUGCAGACAUCAAGCCCUACAGCUGCGAGCGCUGCGGGAAGGUGUUUCGGCGCAACUGCGACCUGCGAAGACACAGUCUGACACACACCCCCUGCCAGGACUACUGACCCUGAAACAUCUCAAAUAAAGAAAACGAAAAACGAAUGGAAAAAAAAAAAAAAAAAAAAAAAGAAGCAGUCUGGCACACAGGAGUACUGACCCUGAAGGACCGAGACAGCAAAUAAACCAGACAAUAAAUAAAUGAAACAAACAAGGCUCAGACACACACACACCCUGCCAGGACUACUGACCCUGAAGGAUGGACAUCUAAAAUAAUAAUAAUAAUAAUAAUAAUAAUAAUAAACAAACAAAUAACAAGGAAAGAAGACACGGCUACAAUAAACAUGAGAGGCAGAGACAAGAUUUUCAGAAAAUGUCAAGAUACCGGGCUGAAGGAAAAAGGACUGUGGCAAACGCUGAACAAGCAGGGAAAAAGCUGCAUAAUUGCCAAAGAUGAUGAAUUUCUGCAGUUUGUCAUGUAAAUACCCUCCAGGCCCUCACAACCCCGUGUAAAUAAUGUUUUUUUUU